UUUAUCGAAGAAUAUUUGCACUGCUGUAAACCUUUGGCAAACGCUAUUGAUCGUUUACAAGAUGAAAAAUCAUGCUUUUAUGGUGACUUGCUGCCCACUCUCAUUUCUAUCAAAAAUAAAUUGAAAAAAAUUCAAAAUUUAAGUUGGCAUUAUUGCGAUGAACUAGUUCCAGGACGUAUUGAUGCGUUAACUGGUAGACAUAAGAGAUUUUUUGAAGUUGAACAUGAAGGUAGUAUGAGUGCUGUGGCAGCAGCUUUUCACCCACAACACAAAUUGAGAUGGAUUAAAUGUUUAAGUGUUGAUGCACGAAAAAAAACUAUCCAAGCUAUUAAAGAUGCUCUGUCGACUAUUGAACCAAUUACUGAUCUUCAAAUCUCUGCUGAAACCGAUAAUACUGAUGAUUUCUUUGAUUUUAGUGUAGAUGGUAAACAAAAUGAAAAAAUUCUAUUUGUUAAAAGUGUUUAU